AAAAGCGCAGAGCCAAGCUGGCUGCACCAAGCUGCCUCAGCCUGGGGCUCCGGAGCCGGAGCGUCCUGGCACUCUGCUCCAGAUGACACUCUAAGAUCUAAUAUUAUUAACACCCAUCAUGAACAGAAAGAAGCUGCAGAAGUUGACGGACACCUUAACUAAAAAUUGCAAGCACUUUGAUAAAUUUGAGGUGAAAUGUCUUAUAACACUUUUCUAUAAUUUGGUGGGAGACGUAGCAGAGAGGCCAGGAGUAGUCACCGGACUAGAUCGUAAUGUAUUUCGGAACAUCUUGCAUGUGACAUUUGGGAUGACAGAUGACAUGAUUAUGGACAGAGUAUUUCGAGGCUUUGAUAAAGACAAUGAUGGCUGUAUAAGUGUAUCAGAGUGGAUUCAUGGAUUAUCACUCUUUCUUCGAGGGACUUUAGACGAAAAAAUGAAAUAUUGCUUUGAAGUGUUUGAUCUGAAUGGUGAUGGCUUCAUUUCAAAGGAGGAGAUGUUCCACAUGCUGAAGAACAGCCUUCUCAAGCAGCCCUCUGAGGAGGACCCUGAUGAAGGGAUUAAAGAUUUGGUUGAAAUUACACUUAAGAAAAUGGACCAUGACCAUGAUGGGAAGCUGUCUUUUGUAGACUAUGAGAAGGCUGUGAGAGAAGAGAAUCUCCUGCUGGAAGCCUUUGGGCCUUGCCUGCCUGAUCCAAAGAGCCAGAUGGAAUUUGAAGCCCAAGUAUUCAAAGAUCCAAAUGAAUUUAAUGAUAUGUGAAUUCCUAAAUGUACUGUGAAUAAGUACAAAAGGAGCCACAUUAAGUUCAUCUGUUCUUCUCAGCUCAGAAGAUGCCAUGUGGUGAGAUGCAGUUCACUUGUAUGUAUUUUAGUUUAGGACAUCCUCAGAUAUACUGGGUUUGGCAAGAGAGGUUAACAUUGUUAAGGAUAUUUCACUACAUUUACUCUGUUAAGACAUAUAAGUGUCAUAAAUCUCCAGAUUAAUCAAAGCCAUUUGCAAAUUAUAUACUCAUCACUUAUGGAUACAAUCUAUAUGUCAGAAAGAGUUUGCUUAUAUAUCGAAAUAUUGUUGAACCUACAGUUUCCUUCAUAGCAAUAAGUGGUGAAGAGAGUACCAAAAACAAACAAAACAAACAAACAAACAAACAAAAAAACAUGUCAGGCACUGGGGACUACACAGCAAGAUUAAGGAUACAUGGAGACUAUUUAAUAUGUUUUCUUCUGUUAUAUGAGGCUUUGCUUCAACAGCUCAUAAACAUUGGAGGGCAAAGAUUUGUUACUCACACUUUCAUAGCCACCAUAGCAGUUAGUAUGUAAUUGGCCCUCAAUAAAUAUUUCAGAUUGGAUUUAGAGACAGAAAACUGCCACAUAAUUACCCUCUAUCCAUGAGCAGAUAGAAGUUUUCUCUAUUUCAUGAGUCCAGCUUUUAGUUAAUCUCUGAAGGCAUUGCAAUCAGAUGCCAAGACCAACUCUGCUCUGGCUUCUAGUGUCAUGCCUCUCUCACUUUGCUAUCAUGCAUUCAUCAUCACCAUAUGUAAUACAAUGUCAUGGCUUCACACUGUCUGAUGUCCAGUAUACAGCCUAUUAUCAGGGAUCAUGUCACAUUGUAUAAUAAUGGUUCUGGCCAGUUAUGCCAACACAAAGACUCCAUCAGGUCCUGUGGCAUCAUGUGGUCAUGAAAGGGCACCCUCCCUCACUUGAGGUCUCCUUGAGCUCUUUUUUAUGUCUUUGUAGUCAUAGGAGAGCAAUUGCGAGGGUUAACUAUAUGGAACCUUCACCUGAUGUGUACAAGCUCUGGAGAAUACCCGAAAAAGCAAACCCACUUCCUUGUUAUAUAUACAUUAUUAAGUUUAUGCAAAGUUUAUAUUGUAUACAACAAUUGGCUGCUACUAAUACCUGACACAAGCAAUUCUAUGAAAUAAACUUUCUUCUAUAACGCA